CUAGAUCUUAUAAUAAGUAUGACUGCCCUAAACAAUUUCACGGGCUCUUGCACUCAUGUUUCAUUUACCCCUCUCUCUAAAAAUUCGGGGCAAUUUUCAACGCAUAUCGCCGGAAAAAUUGAGGUUUAUCCUUUGUGGGUGAGAUUCUGGCGGAGCCGGUUCGUUUAAUGUGCACAAAAGUGGCGCAUCGAAAGGGAUAUAGUGACGAGUGGCUCAAUUUUCCGGCUCCGGAAAAUGAAGAGGAAGGAGAGGGAGCAGCCCCCAGUUUUGGGGGCUACACAAGUUCACAGGAGAUGUCAGCUAUGGUCUCGGCUCUGACCCAUGUUGUAGCUUCUGAGGGGCCGGAACUUAGGCCGGAGCACUGGUAUUCCCGCCAAGACUUGCCGAAUUUUUCGACCUCUUCUUAUUUGGUUUCUUCUUCUACUUCUUCAUUGGUUUCGUCUUCUUCGUCUUCGAGGCUAAAGAGGGGGAGAGAGGAGGAUCAGCCAAGUGGGUCGGAUUCCGGUGGGCUGAGGUUCUAUCAGAGCUGCUUUCCGGGUGCUUCUCUGGGGCCGUUCAGGCAGGUUUCUCCUUUGGUGGGGUCAGAACAAGGAUCCACCAUCUCUCAUAGUGGCGGAGGAAGCUCCAUCACAGUUAGCGCCUCAACGAUCGUAACUUCAUCAUCUUCCCCUUCAUCAAUCAGUGAAGAAAACCCAGAAAGGAGAAGAAGAUACAGAGGAGUGAGACAAAGGCCGUGGGGUAAAUGGGCAGCAGAGAUAAGAGACCCCCACAAAGCAGCUAGGGUUUGGCUUGGGACCUUUGACACAGCUGAGUCAGCAGCUAGAGCCUAUGAUGAAGCAGCUUUAAGGUUUAGAGGCACAAGAGCCAAGCUCAAUUUCCCUGAAAAUGUUCAAUUGAGGCCACCCAUCAACCCCAAUCCCUCUGUUUCUCUCUCUACAAUUCCAUCUCUCUCUCCUCUCCCUACUUCCUCCUCUUAUUCUCCAUAUAGGCCUGAUGUUCAGGGUGGGCAGUCAAGCUUCUCUUUCUCUCAUUUACCCCAUGAUUAUAUUCAGUAUUCCCAGUUAUUACAGAGCCACCAGGGCUUACCUAGGCCGCCGGCGCAGAGCUUGUUGGACCAGUGUUUUAACGUGGGGUCUUCGAGUUCUGGUAUUCCGGCGUAUCCACAGGGAUAUCCGAUGGUCCGGACGCCGGUAUUUCAGUAUGGCUUGCCGGAAACUCAGAGCCAGGCGCCAGAAAGUUCUUCUCCGGCGGCCGAGAGGUACCCCACCACCUCAUCAGGCUGAGUUCUUGUCCCUAUUUUUGGUUUUUUUUUGGAUAUAUUUAUUUUUUUGACGCUUUGUAUGUUUUUUGCUUUCUAUUAUUUAGAGAUUUUGGGUUUACCUAUCAUUUAUUGGAGUUUUUUUUUUUCUUUUUGUGAUACAUUUCAUUGUAAGCUGGCAUUAUAUGGAAAGAGAAGAUCACCCAUUGUUUCUCACUAAUUCAGCAUUUAUAAAGAGUAUCCACAUGUUGAUUGUUU